CAUGCACACCGAUCAUCUGUCAAAGCUUAAAGAGUAAGUAUCAACGUUUUGUCGACCAGUCCACUUGCCAAGUUUUCUCUGUUUUAUAUUUAUGUGACAUUCGUUGUACAAUGGAACCUCAAGUUGCUGUGAUAACCGGAGCAAAUGCGGGUGUAGGGCUGUCUCUAGCAGACAGGCUGCUGACAGAGUAUCGCAACCUGCAUAUUUGCCUGGCGUGUCGGAACGAAGGUCGUGCCGAGAAUGCACAACACAAACUACUGCGUCGUCAUCCAGGGGCAUCCGUGUCUGUCAUCAUUGUAGAUGUCAGUAGUGUCAAGUCAGUUCUGGAAGCAGCAGAAAGGAUUAAAGAAAAGUUCCAGAAGAUUGACUUUCUGUACCUGAAUGCAGGGAUUAUGAAGGUUUCCAGCAUCAACUGGAGCAAAGUUCUGCAGAUAUUUUCAAAGGAUGGUGCUAAGAUCCUCAGUACUGGGUGGGGAGUUCUUAACCACAUUGAUGGUGUGACAGACGAGGGACUUCAGGAGGUUUUUGCUACAAACCUCUUCGGGCAUUUUGUUCUGGUGCGAGAACUGCAGGAUUACUUGACAGCGUCAGGAAAUGUAAAGAUAGUGUGGACAUCCUCACAGAACGCCAAUGCAGGAGAUCUGAACUAUGAAGAUGUUCAACACAGAAAAGGACGAGAGCCAUACAGUUCUUCUAAACAAGCAAGUGAUGUACUCAGUGUGGCAUUGAAUGAGCGACUGAAUAAACAGGGCGUCUACUCUACAGUAACAUGCCCAGGGCUGGUGUUCUCAAAUCUCUUGUUUGGGAUACUGCCCUCUUUGUUAUGGAUACUCCUGCUUCCAUUUCUGUUCUUUAUGAGAUUAUUUGUGUCAAACCUAACAUGUUCGCCUUACAAGGGAGCGGAGUCUUUGGUGUGGACUUCCAAGCAGAGGAGCGAGAGUUUAGACUCCCGUGUUAAGUACCUGAGUAACUGCUCUGUGCUUGGCAAGCCCUUCAUCGGGCAAGAAAAGGUAACUGCUCUGUGCUGGGCAAGCCCUUCAUCGGGCAAGAAAAGCUGCGUAUUGACAGCACGGAGGCGGAUCGCCUGUACAACAUACUGGAGGACCUGUAUCAGGGAUUCAAGAGGAGAUACAGAGAUAUACACCCUUCCAAGUCUAUGGGCACUGUGAAAGCUACCAAAAAUAUUGCUAACGGCUAUCAUCAUUAACCAUCAUGGUUUCAGUAACAACCCUUAAAAAAGAUGUUUUUUCAAUACUCCGGUUAUUUUAUUAAUUAAGUUAAUUAUGCAGGCCAAUCCCCAUUACAACAUACUUAGUAAGGAUACCGGUAUACAAUAACAGAAUUCUUAGAAAUCUCUCUGCAACAUUAAUUUCUGUAUAUGUAAAUUUAAUUUAGAUUAUAGGAUACAAUGUAGAAUGAAUAAUCAGAACCUCGACUUGUUAGAAAAGCUACAGGUGGGCAUGAAAAAUUGUAAUAGUAUUUUUUCGAAAAUGACUCGUAAUCAAUUGUCAGUUUUCUAAGUAGCUAAAUAAUAAGCCAUGGCAAAUAUUCAUUUAUGCAUUUAUAUGAAAUAACCAAAGGUUGUGCUUUUUGACAUUAAAUGAAAAAUAAAAACAUAAGACUGAUAGACUGAAGUUAAACACUGUGAUUUAACUGAGUAGACAAGAAAUGUAUAAGCAUUUAAAUACUUUAGUUAAUUAUUCACAGUGAUCAACUACGAUUGUUUAGAAUUAUUUAUUUUUUGUAAAACUAUCAUCACACUAUGCCUGUUUAUAUUGCCAGUUCAUAUUGCUAUGUUAUAUUGGCUAAGAUGUCUCUGUGAUACAUAUUUUUACAAUUUUAUUUGACACUUUAUGGUAAAUCUUCAGGUAUAUACUGUGCUUUAACUUUUAUUGAAGUUUAUAUUGGAGCUCAUAUUUUUUUAAUUGAAAUAUAGGUCAUAGUAUUGCAGCCAUUUUCUCUCAUAUUUUGUUUUGUUCAGUGUUUUUAUCCAUCCGGCACUUUUGUGUAUGGAACCAUAUCUUGGAAGUGCUUUGGCGGAUUUCAUUGAGACUUGGUAUGAGUGUAUAUAUGCAUAAGAAGAUUGAUGCAUGCCAAAUGGCAUUGUACACCAUCGGAUAAUAACGGAGUUAUGGCCCUUUGUAUCUUGAAAAAUGCUUUUUUGUGUCCAGAAGUAUGAUGGCGGAGGAUAUCAAUUCAAUGAAUUUGCUUGUUUGUUUUGUUGUCUCCAUUGAUACUUCAUGUUAUUUGAAAUUCAAAACUGGUAUCCCCCCACCUCCCCCGAAACAUGGAAGAAGGUGUAUACUGAAAUCACUAUGAACAUUUGACAGACCAUAUGUCUCUAGAAAUAAACUUGUCCAACAAAGUCCUCGUGCACCUUUGAAUGUACACCAUUGAAACUUAAUGCUUGGCUCAUAAUGAUAUCUUGUUGUGCACGUGAAGUAGGGUUAACAGAGCUCAAUUGGUAGUUGUCAGCUCAGGUACUACUUAAAAGUACGUUGGUUACUCUUAAGUAUAUCACAAUAGACCCACAGUAAGGAAUAUGCACUUCAAGGUUCCUGGACAUACUUCAGGGUACUUUUAAGUAUUUUUUCAGUGCCCUGGAUACUUUGUAAUAUACAUAAGAGUACCCGGGGUAUUUUUAAGUAGUACCUGAGCUUACAAUUAUCAGUCAAGCGAAAGUAGGGUGAAGGGUGGGGAGCACUUGUACUGCCUUGCUAUUUAAGUUGCUAAACUUAUUUUGCAACAACGGCGCAGUGUCUACCUUUGGGCAAGAAGGUUCCUGGUGCAAUUUCUAUUUGGACUUUGGAUUUUUCUAGCUGGGUUACAUAGGCGCCCAACCUCCUAGGCAUGUGCAAUUUUUGUUAGCUCACCUGAGCAACAUGUGCCCAUUGUUAGCUUUUGUGAUGGCCUUUUUUCUGUGCUGCAAUGUGCAUUGUUCCUUUUCAACAUUUACAUUGUUAACACUCUAGAGGCCACUUUUUUGUCCAAUCUUUAUAUAACUUGGUCAAAACAUUUGUCUAAAUGAUAUAUCUUCAGACUUCAACACUGGGUCAUGUGGGGUUAAAAAGUAGGUAACUUGAUCAAAUUUAAGAAAAAGCUUGUAAACACUCCAGAAGUCACAUGUUUGGACCAAUCCAAUGAAACUUGCUCAGAACAUUUUUUCUAAUGAAAUCUAGAGCAGAGCUUGUAAAUGGCUCUGGACCACUAAAACAUGUGCGCUAGUGGGCGGGACAGUUCUUUGAUGACUUUCAGGAAACCUUGUAAGUACUCUCGAAGUGACACAUUUUGCCCAAUAAUCAUGGCACUCGCUAACAACAUUUUAAGUAAUUUUUUCUGCCAAGUUCUAAACAUAGUUUCAAAAAGAUUGCACAAAAUAUGACAAGAACAGUUUUAUGCCUUUGGGUCUCAGUGGAGCAACAUAGGGCUUUUGAUAAAACAACUAUCCAGGAAAGUGCAUAACCGAUCAGUUUUAUAAAAUUGAAUGACUUUUUACAAAUUGUGUCCAUAAAAACAAUAUAUUUCAUUUACUUAAGUUAUAAUUUAUUUGUUGUGAACACUCUGUUUAAAAUAGUUUAUAAAAAAAAAUGAAUUUUUGGAAUUUAAAUUUUUGUUUUGCCAUUUUAGUGUGCACCUAAAUAUAUUUGAAAAAAUAGAAAUAAGUAUAAUGUUAUCUAUAAUAAUUAUCAAAGAAUUUGUAUAUAUUGCUUAAACAAUAUUAAUAUUUCAUCUUUUGAUUGUGAAUUUCAUGCAUUUUUCCAUUGUAUAAGGUAAAAUGAUAUUUGUAAACACUAUCUUUAUAGCUGGUAUGACAGAGGAUUAGAUCAGAACGACUUUUAUUCAUUAAUGAGCUCCAGUUGUGAAAGAACUAUUUGCAAUGUUUGUACUUAUGUUCACCAAAUCAUUUCUAAGCAAAAUGUUGAUUGAGGGAUGUAAAUGAUUUUCUAUUGUUGCCUUAAUAUUAUGGGCCAGCUAUUGGUUGUGCAAAAACUAUUCUCAAUGUUUGUACUUAUGUUCACAAAAUAAUUUCUAAGCAAAAUGUUGAUCGAGGGAUAUAAAUGAUUUUCUAUUGUUGCCUAUAUAUUAUGGGCCUGAGGCCUUAUUAUUGAAUAAAUUGAGUUGAAUUGAGUUAUCAGGUUAACAUUGGACAAUACAUUUUAAAUAACUUACUAUCUACAAAUAUGUUGCUUUAGUUAUUAGACAAGAAAGUGUAUUUAUAUUGAUUGUCUAUUUUUAUGCGGUAGGGUGGCAUAUAGCAGUUGAACUGUCAGUCAGUCAGUAUGUCAGUAUGUGUGUCAGUCUCUCCGUCGGUCCGAAAAAAAACUUUAACGUUGGCCAUAACUUUUUCAUUAUUGAAGAUAGAAACUUGAUAUUUGGCAUGCAUGUGCAUCUCACGAAGCUGCACAUUUUGAGUGGUGAAAGGUGAAGGUCAAGGUCAUUCUUCAAGGUCAAAUGUCAAAUAUAUGGCGUCUCUGUCCAAAAACUUUUACAUUGGCCAUACCUUUUUCACUAUUGAAGAUAGCAACUUGAUAUUUGGCAUGCAUGUGCAUCUCACGGAGCUUAACAUUUUGAGUGGUGAAAGGUGAAGGUCAAGGUCAUCCUUCAAGGUCAAAUGUCAAAUAUAUGGCGUCUGUCCGUCCAAAAACUUUAACAUUGGCCAUAUCUUUUUCACUAUUGAAGAUAGCAACUUGAUAUUUGGCAUGCAUGUGCAUCUCACGGAGCUUAACAUUUUGAGUGGUGAAAGGUGAAGGUCAAGGUCAUCCUUCAAGGUCAAAUGUCAAAUAUAUGGCGUCUGUCCGUCCCAAAACUUUAACAUUGGCCAUAACUUUUUCAAUAUUGAAGAUAGCAACUUGAUAUUUGGCAUGCUUGUGUAUCUCAUUAAGCUGCACAUUUUGAGUGGUGAAAGUUCAAGGUCAAGGUCAUCCUUCAAGGUCAAAGGUAAAAAAAACAAAAACUUUUUUAAUGCGGCGUUCUCAUGAAGAUGCAUAUUGUGAGUGGUGGAAGUUCAAGGUCAAGGUCAUCCUUCAAGGUCAAGGUCAUCCUUCAAGGUCUAAGGUAAAAAAAAUAAAAUUGAAAGUGGCGUUCUUAUGAAGCUGCACAUUGUGAGUGGUGGAAGUUCAAGGUCAAGGUCAUCCUUCAAGGUCAAAGGUCAAAAAAAAUAAUUAAAAAAUUCAAAGCGGCGUUCUUAUGAAGCUGCACAUUGCGAGUGGUGGAAGGUCAAGGUCAUCCUUCAAGGUCAAGGUCAUCCUUCAAGGUCAAGGUCAUCCUUCAAGGUCAAAGGUAAAAAAAAAAGUUUUUUUUUUCAAAGCAGCGUUCUCAUGAAGCUGCACAUUGUGAGUGGUGGAAGUUCAAGGUCAAGGUCAUCCUUCAAGGUCAAAGGUCUAAAAAAAAUCAAAGCGGCAUUCUCAUGAAGCUGCACAUUGUGAGUGGUGAAAGGUCAAGGUCAUCCUUCAAGGUCAUCCUUCAAGGUCAAAGGUAAAAAAACUAUAAAAAAAAUUCAAAGCGGCGUUCUCAUGAAGCUGCACAUUUUUAGUGGUGGAAGUUCACGGUCAAGGUCAUCGUUCAAGGUCAAAGGUAAAAAAAAAAAAAAAAAAUUCAAAGUGGCGCAAUAGGGGGCAUUGUGUUUCUGACGAACACAUCUCUUGUUUACAGAUGUAUCUAUGUUUAUCUAGUAUGCUUUGAACUUCAAACAACUAAAUGAUGUCUUCUUAAUUUGAAGGGCGGAUCGGGUUGUUUGUUGUUGGAAGCAUUGUUAUGUGCCAUAUUUGUUAAACAUUAUUAUCAAUAAUCUAAUUAUGAGUUUGUUAAAACUGAACAAAGAUGAUAUGGA